CCAUGGCGGGGGCCGGGAUCGCAGCGCGGGAGCUGCUCCAGCCCUGCAGCCCGCGGGGCAGCGCGGAGGCACCACAAAAGCAUCUGGCCCCUCUGGGAAAAGAGAGAGAAGCAGCCAAGGCUGAGGAGGAGCAGCAAAGCGAGGAGCUGCUGAAACAGAUGGAAGCCGAGAGGCAGAAGAUUGUCUGGGAGUGGCAGGAGCUGCAAGGGUUUCUGGAGGAGCAGAAGCAGCGGCUGCUGGCCCGGCUGGAGGAGCUAGAGAGAGCCAUUGUCCAGAGAAGGGAUGAGGGUGUCUGCAGCCUGUCCUGGGAGAUUUCCCUGCUCAGCGAGAGGGGAGGAGAGAAGGGGCAGCAGCCACUGAGCCAACCCCUGCAGGGUGCUGGGAGCACUGGGGGCAGCAGGGAGGACGGGGCGUUUCUGAAGCCAGAGCCGUCGUUUGCGGAGCUGGAGAAGAGACUCAGUGAUUUCUGUCUGAAAAGUGCCAUGCUGCAGGAGGUCCUGCUGGGAUUCAAAGAGACGCUGCGUUGGGGGCUGGGGAGCGACACAGCCAUCCCGAUGAUGAUUGAUUUCUGGGAAACAUCCUCAGCAGAAUUAUUUGAAGGUUUUGCACCCGAGAGUAAAGGCACAGAGGCAGUGGCUUGUGGGAAAGAGGGCGGCAGAGUAAUGCCCACCUUUGGAUCCAGAUUGUCCCAGCCUCCCAGGGGACAAGGAAGGGAACUGGCUGUAGUGGAGCCAGUCCAGGGGCCGGUGACCUUCGAGGAGGUGGCUGUGUAUUUCACCAGGGAAGAGUGGGCUCUGCUGGACCCCCGUCAAAGAGCCCUCUGCAGAGAUGUCAUGCAGGAGAACUAUGAGAAUGUGACCUCGCUGGCAAGCAUGGACCCUGCUCUGAUCAGUACCGUAAUCGUGCACGUUGUAAACACCUCGCGCAUUCUCGUGCUGUCUAUGCUGAACCAUGAACUGCAAACGCAGGAGAGGAGGCGGCAGCUACGGCAGCGCGGCGACGAGAGUGAUGAGGACAUGGACACUGAAUUCUCCCUAACUGCGGGCCCCUGCGCUUUGGAGCUCCUGCUGGUAAUGGGGGAGGUUCUACCCAUUGCUCGCCGAUUUUGGGCCCGGGAAACAAGCACAGACUGGUGGGACCGCAUAGUUUUGCAGGUGUGGGACGAUUCGCAGUGGCUGCGGAACUUUCGCAUGCGUAAGAGCACUUUCUUUGAACUUUGUGACCUGCUUUCUCCUGCCCUGAAACGCCAUAAUACCAGGAUGAGAGCAGCCCUCACAGUGGAAAAGCGAGUGGCAAUAGCCCUCUGGAAGCUUGCAACGCCAGACAGCUACCGGUCAGUCGGGAAUCAAUUUGGAGUGGGAAAAUCUACUGUGGGGGCUGCUGUGUUGCAAGUAGCCAAAGCAAUCAUUAAGCUGCUGCUACGAAAGGUUGUGACUCUGGGAAAUGUGCAGGUCAUAGUGGAUGGCUUUGCUGCAAUGGGAUUCCCUAACUGUGGGGGGGCCAUAGAUGGAACCCAUAUCCCUAUCUUGGCCCCGGAGCACCAGGGCACCCAGUACAUAAACCGCAAGGGGUACUUUUCAAUGGUGCUGCAAGCACUGGUGGAUCACAAGGGACGUUUCACCAACAUCCAUGUGGGAUGGCCAGGAAGGGUUCAUGACGCUCGUGUCUUCAGAAGCACUACUCUGUUUAAACGGCUGCAGCAAGGGACUUACUUCCCAGACCAGAAAAUUACAGUUGGGGAUGUUGAAAUGCCUGUAGUUAUCCUGGGGGACCCAGCCUACCCCUUGAUGCCAUGGCUCAUGAAGCCAUACACAGGCAGCCUGGACAGUGGUCAGGAGUUGUUUAACUACAGGCUGAGCAAGUGCAGAAUGGUGGUAGAAUGUGCAUUUGGGCGUCUCAAAGGUCACUGGAGAACUUUACUUACUCGCUCAGACCUCAGCCAAACCAAUGUCCCCUUUGUUAUUGCUGCUUGCUAUGUGCUCCACAAUCUCUGUGAGAGUAAGGGAGAGACCUUUAUGGCGGGGUGGGAGGCUGAGGCAAAUCACCUGGCCGCUGAUUACACGCAGCCAGACACCAGGGUGAUAAGAAGAUCACACCAGGAAGCGGUGCGCAUCAGAGAAGCCUUGAAAACGAGUUUCAUCAUGGGCCAGGGGACGGUGUGACUGCUGUGUUUCUUUCCCCUUCAUGAACCUCCCCCCCUGUAUUGACUCCUGCUGCAAGCAACCUACCCUCCACCCUUCCAUAACAGCUUGCUUAUCGAAAUAAAGUUACUAUUUUUUAAAAA